AAGAACAGCCCUGAGGGCCAUCAAGUCUAGUACCCAGUCUGAUAGCAACCACUACCAGGUGCUUUAGAAGAAGGUGUAAGAACAACACAAUAGCAGGUGAUGGAUAUUCUCUUGUGCAUACACACUCCCAUUUGUGCAUACCUACACAUGUAUGCGUAUUUGGUCUCGUUGGAAAGCAGGACAUUUAGAUACUGUCUUAAGCCACCAAACACAAAGUUUAAUAUCCCUUCCAAAAUUUUGUGAGCAUCAAUUAUGCUAAUUCCAGGAAUUCUUGAUAGCCAUAUAAAUGCCCAAUCCUUUUCUGAAUCUGGUUAAGUUCUUGGUCUCAGGGGCAUCUGGUGGCAACCACUGGUGAGAAAAAGCCUUUCCCUUUAAUUGGUUUUGAAUUUAAAUCUGCCACCUUUUAAUUUCAUCAAAUGUUUCCUUGUUGCAAUGAGCCAAGACGGUAACAUUUAUCAUUAAAAUAAUAUACCUUCAGGAAGUAUGGUAAUAACUGGUCUCCAUUAAUCACAAGGAGCAGAGAGCUGAAGAACCGUAAGGCAUGCAGGUCUGGUGAAUUCCUGCAUGCCUUUGAACACUAAGGAUGCUUGACUGCAUCUAGCUAUGUAUAACUCCUCCCUGGACUCUGAGUCAGGCUGGAAAGUUGUAUAACAAUUCUGCUAGACAAGCUGUAGUUCAUUGCCCCCUUACAUUCUGUUUCUCCAUGUUAUUUAAAAUUGCACUUCUAGUUAUAUGCUAUAAUGUUCUACCCAGUGAUUUCAAAGGUUGUCGUUCUAUAUUAGCUUUGUCAUUGUAUUAUCAGCACAAUCCUGAUUUCCAGUACCCCAUUUGGUUCCCCACAUCUUGCACACUAAGUCUACCUCAUGAUAGAAUUGCUAUUGUCUCUUGGUUCUAGAAGGGAUUUUUCACUGGGAGGGAAGGGGAUAGCCCAGAUGUCACUGUUUCUAGUGGCAGUGAUUUCUUGUCAAAGGGAAGGUAGCAAAUAACUAGAUAUUUGGUUUAGGAAGGAAUUUCACAGCUUCUCUACCCUUCACCUUCCCCCCCUCUUCUCUUUCAGAACAUGAGUGAAAACCUGAAGGACUGUUUGAUCCAGACCCAGACUUCCUUAGGGGAGAUGGUAACAAUAAAGACUGAGGCCUGUUCUCCACACCGGGACCAGGAGUAUGGACACCCCUGCUCUGGGAGGCCUGACCCACAGUCCAUGGAGGUAGAGCCUAAGAAACUGAAAGGGAAACGGGAUUUAAUAAUGACAAAGAGCUUUCAGCAAGUAGAUUUCUGGUUUUGCGAGUCCUGCCAGGAGUACUUUGUGGAUGAGUGUCCGAACCAUGGUCCCCCUGUGUUUGUGUCAGACACUCCAGUGCCCGUUGGGAUCCCUGACCGGGCAUCACUGACCAUCCCGCCUGGCAUGGAGGUGGUGAAAGAACCCAGUGGGGAGAAUGACGUGCGCUGUAUGAACGAGGUUAUCCCCAAAGGUCAUAUCUUUGGACCAUACGAGGGCCAGAUCUCCAGCCAGGACAAGUCAGCUGGAUUUUUCUCUUGGCUGAUUGUUGAUAAGAACAACCGCUACAAAUCCAUAGAUGGGACAGAUGAAACCAAAGCAAACUGGAUGAGGUAUGUGAUCAUAUCCCGAGAGGAGAGAGAGCAGAACCUGAUGGCCUUUCAGCACAGUGAGAGGAUAUACUUCCGAGCCUGUCGUGACAUCCGGCCUGGGGAGAGGCUGCGGGUCUGGUACAGUGAGGAUUACAUGAAGCGGUUGCAUAGUAUGUCCCAGGAGACUAUUAACAGGAACCUCACAAGAGGCGAUAAAAAAUCACAGAGGGAAAAGUCAGAAAAAAAUGUGGAAAAUCAAGAGGACAUGAGAGGCCCUCUUCAGCUCACCACAUUGAAGCAAGGGAAGAGCCCUUACAAGCGCAGCUGUGAAGAAGCGGAAUCCCAUCCCCAGACAAAGAAAAAGAAGAUAGAUCUCAUCUUCAAAGAUGUCCUGGAGGCUUCCCUGGAGUCAGCAAAGCUGGAAGAGCACCAGCUAACCACGAGCACCCCACUUUCCAUUAGAAAGGCAUCUAAAUACCAGACUGAAGAUGUCUUUGAAAGAUGUGGAACUACCAUUCAGCAUAGCUCCCCAAACCUCAGCAGAAACCGAAGUGAGGGAGAAUGGAAGGUCCCCCAUAGUUCCUCUUUUAGCACAGCCAAAGAGAUGGGUCUCCUGGAAGAUGAAGAAGAGCCCCUGUCACUCAAGGCAGACAGCCCUGCUGAACCAGCUCUGGCAUCCACUCAAGGCAAUUCACAUGAAAUCCCCACAACUUCCUUUUGUCCCAACUGCAUAAGGUUGAAAAAGAAGAUCCGAGAACUGCAGGCUGAGCUAGACAUGUUGAGAUCUGGCAAGUUACCUGAGCAGCCUGCUCUAGCACCUCAGGUACCUGAGCUUCAAGAGUUCUCUGACCCCACAGCUUCGGAAAGCAUCAUCUCGGUUCCUACAAUCAUGGAGGAUGAUGACCAGGAGGUGGAUUCUGCCGAUGAAUCGGUAUCCAAUGAUAUGAUAGCUGCUACAGAUGAGCCUUCCAAGAUGUCUUCUGUGACUGGCAGGAGGAUUCGACGCUUCAAACAAGAAUGGCUUAAAAAGUUCUGGUUUCUGCGGUACUCCCCAACAUUAAAUGAAAUGUGGUGCCACGUUUGUAGGCAGUACACAGUGCAAUCCUCUCGGACUUCAGCCUUCAUCAUUGGCUCUAAGCAGUUCAAGAUACACACUAUAAAGCUUCACAGCCAGAGCAACCUCCACAAGAAGUGCCUGCAGCUCUACAAGCUCAGAAUGCAUCCAGAGAAGACAGAAGAGAUGUGCCGAAAUAUGACCCUGCUCUUCAACACGGCCUACCACUUGGCUUUGGAAGGCAGGCCCUACUAUGACUUUAGGCCUCUUGCAGAACUACUGAGAAAGUGUGAACUCAAAGUGGUGGAUCAGUACAUGAAUGAAGGAGACUGCCAAAUCUUAAUUCAUCAUAUUGCCCGGGCUCUUCGAGAGGAUCUGGUGGAACGGAUCAGGCAAUCUCCCUUCCUCAGCAUCAUCCUGGAUGGGCAGAGUGACGACUUGCUGGCUGACACAGUUGCAGUUUAUGUGCAGUAUACAAGCAGUGAUGGGCCUCCAGCAACUGAAUUCCUGUCUCUUCAAGAACUGGGUUUUUCAACAACAGACAGUUACCUCCAAGCAUUGGACAGGGCUUUUUCCAGUUUGGGAAUAAGAUUGCAGGAUGAGAAGCCAACUAUUGGUUUGGGAGUAGAUGGUGCUAACAUUACUGCCAGCCUGAGAGCUAACUUGUUCAUGACAAUCAGAAAGACAUUACCUUGGUUGCUUUGCUUGCCAUUUAUGGUACACAGGCCUCACUUGGAAAUUUUAGAUGCAAUCAGUGGAAAAGAGCUUCCAUGUCUGGAGGAGUUAGAAAACAAUUUGAAGCAGUUACUCAGCUUUUAUCGUUACUCCCCCAAGUUAAUGUGCGAGCUGCGAGUCACUGCUGCCACUCUCUGUGAGGAGACUGAGUUCUUGGGAGACAUCCGAGCAGUGAAGUGGAUCAUUGGGGAGCAGAAUGUCCUUAAUGCUCUAAUCAAGGAUUACCUUGAAGUUGUGGCCCAUCUCAAAGAUGUCAGCGGUCAAACACAAAGAGCAGAUGCUUCUGCCAUUGCCCUGGCUCUCCUGCAGUUCCUUAUGGACUACCAGUCUAUUAAACUGAUCUACUUCUUGCUGGAUGUGAUCGCUGUGCUUUCACGCCUCGCCUAUGUCUUCCAAGGUGAAUAUCUCCUUGUGUCACAAGUGGAUGACAAAAUAGAGGAGGCUAUCCAGGAGAUCAGCAGGCUUGCAGACUCGCCUGGGGAAUAUUUGCAGGAAUUUGAAGAGAACUUCCGAGAAAGCUUUAAUGGCAUUGCUGUGAAAAAUCUACGGGUGGCUGAAGCCAAAUUCCAGUCAAUUAGAGAAAAGAUCUGCCAGAAGACCCAAGUGAUCCUAGCCCAAAGGUUUGAUUCACGUAGCCGGACAUUUGUGAAAGCAUGUCAGGUAUUUGACCUUGCAGCUUGGCCCAGAAGCACUGAGGAGCUCAUGAGCUAUGGAAAGGAAGAUAUGGUACAGAUAUUUGAACACCUGGAAACAGUCCCAUCAUUUUCCAGAGAGGUUUGCAGAGAGGGAAUGGACAUCAGAGGAAGUUUGCUGAUGGAAUGGCGAGAACUCAAGGUGGAUUAUUAUACCAAAAAUGGUUUUAAAGACUUACUUGGUCACAUUUGUAAAUACAAACAGAGGUUCCCACUGUUAAAUAAAAUAGUUCAGAUCCUUAAAGUCCUUCCCACCUCAUCAGCCUGCUGUGAGAAGGGACGCAAUGCCCUUCAGAGAGUGCGCAAAAACAACCGCUCUCGCCUCACUCUGGAACAGCUCAGCGAUCUUUUGACGAUUGCUGUUAAUGGGCCAGCCAUUGCCAACUUUGAUUGCAAGAGAGCACUAGAUAGUUGGUUUGAAGAGAAAUCAGGCAAUAGUUAUGCACUGUCAGCAGAAAUGCUGAGCAGAAUGUCCUCCCUUGAUCAGAAGCCGAUGCUGCAGAGCAUGGACCAUGGCUCUGAAUUUUACCCUGAUAUUUAGGAAGGAAUGCCUCAACUUCAGAAAGCUGUUGAAUAAUUUUUUUUUUAAAUCUAUACUCUAAACUUUGAUAUAUUAUAUAAGAUAUAUAUAUAUAUAUAUAUAUAUUAUAUAUAUGAAAAACCCACACUGAAAAUUUAAAGUUAAGGCGAUGUGCGUCUGAUAGAAGCUAAGUGGAAUUUUAAGAAUGAGACAAUGUUUGAAAUUUACUGAUGUCUCCAAACAUGGCAGCUGCAGUGUAGGUGGCAACAUUUCAUUCUUCAGAAGCAUGUGCUGGGGCCAUACUCUACAUGUUGAAACGUAACAAUCUAUAAGCUAGAUGACGGGUCUCUGUCAACCUCCUCCUCACAGUAGCUUCCUUUGUAUGUGUAGUUUUUUAUUUUAAUUCCCUGAUUCUCUUUUCACACUUUAGUCCAGUUAUAGAGCCAUUUGAGCCCUUCAGUGACAACCAGUAGAUUCCUGAUUUCUGACAGAGCACCCUGUUCAUAUAUGUUGGGAUCUCUCUUGUUUUGAAUAGAAGCUUUAUUCACUUACGGAGGCUGUUGAGGGGCUUGGUUUUUGUUUUUUCUUUUUCUUCUAUUUUAGAAA